AUGACUUCACCGAUCGUCACCGACGCGAUUCACAAGCCGGAGCGCGAUGCGCGGCUCUAUCGCAGGGUCACGUUCCCGAACGGCCUCGAGGCGUGCCUCAUAAGCGACCCGUCGUUGGUGCGUCGCGCGGGGAUGCAGACGCCGGAGGACGACAAAGAGCCGAUGGACGACGACGGCUCCGAGGAAGGCUCCGAGGAGGGCGCGUCCGAGGAGGGCGCGUCCGGCGAGGAAGACGACGACGACGACGACGACGACGAGGAAGAAGCCGGCGCCGGGAUGAAACUCGCCGCGUGCAGCGUCGACUUCAACGUCGGGUUCUUCUCCGACCCGGAGUCCGGGUUCGAGGGGAUCUCGCACUUCCUCGAGCACAUGGUCUUCAUGGGCUCGGAGAAGUACCCCGGGGAGAACCACUUCAGCGACUGGCUCUCGAAGCACUGGGGCAGCGAAAACGCGUGCACGGACUCGGAGCAGACGACGUACUACUUCGACUGCCACCCGAAACACUUGCGAGAGGGUCUGGACAUCUUCAGCGGGUACUUCCUGAACCCGCUGCUGAAGAUGGACGCGGUAGAGCGAGAAGUCACCGCGGUCGAGUCCGAGUUCGAACGCGUGGUGAACAACGACGCGAGUCGCGUGGAGGCAAUCUUAGGUCACGUCGCCGCCGAAGCGCACCCGUACAAAGUCUUCGGCUGGGGCAACAGAGCGUCGCUGACGGAGUCGACGCUGUGGAAGGAAGGGAAGAUCCGCGACGCACUGCUGGACCACUGGCGGAAGCACUACCACGCGGGACGGAUGUCCAUCACGCUCCUCGGCGAGCAGGACCUGGACACGCUGCAAGGUUGGGUCGAGGAGCUCUUCAGGGACAUGCGCGCGGACGGCGUCCCGAAGCCGGACUACGCCCUCGCCGGGCCGCCGUACGCGAACGUCCUCCCCAUGAUGAUUCACACGACGCGCGUCGCGGAGGGGAAGCAGCUCGACCUCGUGUUCACCGUCCCUGCGGAGAUUCGAAGAGACUACGCGUCGAAGAGCACGGAAUACGUUGAGGAGCUGUUAGGGCACGAGGGCAAAGGGAGUCUGUUUUCGCUGUUGAAGUCUAAGGGCUUGGCGGACAGGAUCUCCGCGGGCGUCGGCGCGGGAGGGCUCGCGGACACGUCCUGCGCCGCGCUGUUCACGGCGACGAUCAAGCUCACGGACGAGGGGUACGAAAAGGUGGACGACGUCGUCGCGUUGUUUUUUCAAUACGUCGCGAUGAUGAAAAAAACCGGCGCGCAGGACUGGUCGUGGAACGAGAACAGAGCCCUGCGGGGGAUCGAGUUUCGGUUCAAAGAAGAGGAGUCCGCGGCGGACUACACGGAAGGGAUCGCGAUGACGAUGCGGCGGUAUUCGCACGAGGACGUCCUGCGCGGGGAUUACCUCUACGCGUCGUACAAGCCGGAGAAGGUGGCGGAGCUCUUGGAUUUCAUCGCCCCGAGCGCGUGUCUGUACGUCCUCAGCGACCACGGCUUCGACGUGAACCAGCCCGGGGUGGAGCGAGAGAGGUGGUUCAACGUUCCUUUCAAGCGCGCGGAGGUGUGCGCGGAGUCGCUGCGUCGGUGGGAGACGAGCGAGCCGGACGCGGAGCUGCGGUAUCCGCCGAGGAACGAGUACAUCGCGGAGAACUUCGACAUCAAAGGCGGGAGCGCGUCUUGGGCCGCGACCGCCGCGGCCGCGGGCGCAAGCGAGCCGCCGCCGCACCCGCUCGUGACCCCGCCGGAGAUUGUCCACGAGUGCGGCGUCAUGCGCCUGUGGCACCGUCUCGACGACAAGUUCGACCAGCCGAGGGUGUGCGCGUAUUUCCACGUCACCCUCCCCGCGAUUGAACCCACCGCGGCGGCGUACGUCGCGGCGGACGUGCUCACGCUGUGCGUGCACGACUCGCUGCAGGACGAGGUGCGGUACCCCGCGGAGCUCGCGAGUUUGAACGCGGGCCUGGACGUCGUCGGGCAGCACACGAUGUUAUCGUUCACGUUCGACGGGUUCAACGACAAGCUCGGCGAGCUCGUGAAGUCGUACUUUGGCGCCGUGAGCGCGUUCGACGUGAACGAGUCGCGGUUCGAGAAGAUCAAAGAGAAACGAUUAAAAGACCUGAAGAACUAUGGGCUAAAGCCCGGGCGGCAGGCGCGGUCGCUCCUGCACCAGCUCCUGAAAGACCGCGAGGCGUCCGAGCAGUCGAAGAUCGACGCGUUGGAGCGCCUCACCUCGGACGCGUUGCGGGCGUUCGCGCGCGCAGCGUGGUCCGCGGCGGCGCACGUGGAGGGCCUCGUCAUCGGCAACGUCACCGCGGACGAGGCGUGCGCGAUGGGGGAGAUGAUUCGAGGAACGCUGAAGGGCGGGCCGAUCGCGAGGGACGCGUUCCCGACGCGAAGGAUAACGAUCGUCCCCCCCGGCGACGCUCGGUUCGCGACGCCGACGCAAAACCCGGAGGAGGGCACCAACGUCGUGUACGCGUACUACCAGCACGGCGUCGCGUCGCACGAGCUGCGCGGGAUGCAUCUGCUCGUGCACCAGCUCAUGGCGGAGAAGCUCUUCGAUCAGCUGCGGACGAAGGAACAGCUCGGGUACGUCGCGAGCGCGAGCUUGGAGAGCCUGUACGACGUCUACGGGUUUCGAAUCACGGUGGAGUCCGCGUUUCACGCGCCGAAAUUCGUCGAGGAGCGAAUAAACGCGUUUCUUCGCGGGUUCCCGAAGCAGCUCGAGGAGAUGGACGAGAGCGAGUACGCGAAGACGCGCCGCUCGCUCGUGGACUCCGUGCUCACGAUGGACGUGAGCUUGAGCAGCGAGGCGGACCGGCACUGGACGCACGUGACGAACCAAAAGUACCAGUUUUACCGCGGGCAAAUCAUCGCGUCCGCGAUCAACCAAACCGGGAGACGAGCGGUGAUCGACUGGCUGACGAAAAAUCUCAACCCGGACGAGCCGUCGUGCCGCCGCGCGACCGUGUUCGUGCACGGGAAGAACCACCCGAUCGAGUCGGGGGAUUCGUCCUCGCCGCUGCGGGUGGACGACGUCGACGGGCUGAAAGAGAAGUGGGGGCUGCACCCGGCGCAAGGCGACACGACGACCGUGCCGGAGCUGCAGACGCCGCCGGAGGACAUGUGCAAGCUGUCGAACACGAACGCGUCGGAGAUUUUGAACGCGAAGAGAGCGAGCGCGGCGACCGGGGUCGGGAACCAGUGGGCGCGAAGGGCCGCGGAGCGACGCGCGCAGUGCGCCGCGGGGUGCGCGUGUCUGAAACCGGGCGGCGCCGGCCCGUUCAAGCUCCCGCGACUGCAGUAG